AUGGAGAGAAUCGACGUCCACAAUCACGUUGUGCCAGAGAACUAUGUCAGACUUCUCAAAGAAUUGGGUGAUCCGAACGGAUCUCAUGUACCCGAAUGGAGUGUGGCACUGUUGAGGACGUUCAUGAAGGACCAUGACGUUCGCCGUGCGCUCCUGACCUUGUCGGCGCCAGGUACGACAAUCACAAAAGGAGCACAAUCAGUCGAAUUCGCCCGCGAGGUCAACGAGGCACUGGCCCAGAUCCGCGAUUCAGAUCCAGACUCGUUCGGUUUUUUUGCAUCAAUUCCCCCUCUGACUCAGAAGGACGAUGCGUUGGCUGAGAUCAGGUAUGCACUGGACACUCUGCAAGCCGACGGCGUGAUUUUCUUCACCCGCUACGGCAACGACAGUCACUACCUGGGCCACCCAGACUUCGCCGAGAUCUGGGACGAGCUCGACAAAAGGCACGCCGUGGCGUUCAUCCAUCCCACGGGGGGCUUAAACGUCGAGCCCGCCGGGCGAGGGCUGAGUGUGGCCGUGGUCGACUUUCCACACGAGACGACGCGAACGGCGCUCGAUCUCAUCGUGUCCAACACGGUGCGAAAUCAUCCCAAUGUGAAAAUCAUCCUGCCUCAUGCCGGAGGGACGCUGCCUUAUAUCAUCCAACGACCGGCCAUCGUCCUUCCAGGAUUUGGGGUUCCCAAGAGCAGCGAGGAGAUAGUUGAAGACGCCCGAGCAUUUUACUAUGACACGGCGCUUUCCACGGGCUCGGACACCUUGAAGCUGCUUACCAGCUUUGCCAAACCGGACCAUAUCUUGUACGGUAGCGACUUCCCUUAUGCGCCACGCGGUGUGGCGAAGCAUUUCAACAAUCAAUUGGACGCCUUCCAGGGACCUGAGGAGAACACGUUGAGGAAUAUCAACCAUGACAACGCGCUGAAGCUGUUUCCGAGAUUUGCAAAAUCAACUUAA